UUUUUUUUUUUUUUUUUUUUGGCUCGACGCGUUCGAUGAACGGAACGCAUCGAUUAAUUCACACUUUCUCACGGUGUGCGUAUGAUGCAAGUGGUUGGUUUUGCGUAACAAUGAAAAUUAACCGUUCUGCUGUACAUAAUAAUAUGCGAUAUUGUCUGUAAUACGAAUUAAAACGUAUGAUCGUAGCGAUUAAGCUUUAUACGUACGCGAAACGAUUGUUGUCGAGUGAGCAAUCAGUAGCAUAAACGCAGCAACAACAAUUGAAAAAAGACUUUAUCGAAAUUACCGGCAAUUGAAUUCAUACGCUCUCGCGUUCGGCGAAUCGUUCGCGAGCUCCUUUUUCUGGGACAGGCUAAUCAAGCGACGUCGCGGCGCAAUUUCGCUUAAUGAAACCCGAUAUGCGCCGCGCGCGAAAAUCCUCGAUUUUAAACCGUCGGUUUUCAUCCAAUUGGGCACGUACGCGCGCGGAUAUAAUUUCGAGCUCGUCCCUGUAUAUAUAUAUAACCAAAACGUUCGGUUACGCAACAUAAACGCUGCAGCCUAGUCUGCGUAGGUCACACGCGGUCGUUGAUAAUCGUAGAGGGUGUAAAAACUGCGUAAAAAUGAAUUUCUCGAUCGCUCGUGCAACUUUCGAGUCGACAAGUUUUUCGGAGAAGUAUUACUCUCUCCGAGCGAAGUUUCUUCCGCUUUUCUGCGCGUCAUUUUAAUCGCAAAGUCCACCAUAUACUCGCGGCGCGUAUAAAUUAUUCCGGAUAUUUUAUUCAUAAACUGCCGCCGAAUAUUCUCCGCGGAUUAUUCUAUUCUUUUUAUUGAAAAUCUCGAGCCAAAGCGAAGCAAACCCCUACUCCUAGUCGAGAACAAAGUGGAAAAUUGAUUAGAGCCAGAAUAGACUCGCGCAUAUAGGAGACGGAUCGACAAAAUCGAUAGUGACACGUAUUAUACGCGCGGAAUCGCGGAAAUCGUGUCCCGGCGGCGCGUCAGUAUACGGCCCGAAUGUGCGCGGACGUGCGGCGCCUGUAGAAGCGGCAGCAAGUCGCCGAUGGAAAAGCAGGCCAGUAGGCUAACCUGCGCCUGAGACCGAGUAGACUUUUCACCAGGAGAGCGACGAGAGAGAAAGAGAGAGAGAGAUUUUCUUCGGCUCUUGCACUGCUGUUAGACUCUGUCGGUGAAUGUGUCGGUAUUAUUACGUGUGUAAUGGCUGCUGAUGCCGGAGACGGAUGAGGAGAACGUUUCUUGGCCGGCGUGAAGAGUUUUCGAAAAAAAAAAGGGGUAUUAUAAAGGGAAUUUUAUCAAGACGAGUAGCCGAAAAGCUGUGCGGCCGCAAGCGUAUAAUGCCUACACCGUCGACGAUGCGCCGCGACUCGCGGCUGCGGCGAGGCAUGCGUCAAUUUCGCAAGCAGGUGAGCUCGCGUUUGGGUAUGCGGAGGGAGCCGUGCGCCAGCUGCGGGCUGCCGGUAUUCCUCGCGGAGAAGCUCGUGGUCUCUCGCAGCGUCUACCAUCGGAGCUGCUUCCGAUGCGCGCGUUGCCGUCACCAGCUGACACCGGGCAACUACUACGAGACGGAGGACGGCCAGUACUGCUGCGAGGCCUGUCCCAUCGACGAGCACGACCACGCCAGCCACGAGCUCAGCCCUACCGCCAACGACACCACCACCACCACGACGCAGACCCAACUCACCAGCCAUCGCGAGCUAACCACCGACGACCUUCCAGAGCAGCAGAAUAUCACACCCACGACCACCACCACCACCACCACCACCACUAACAUUUCCAUCAGUGCUGACACGCAGCAGCAGCAGCAGCUCGAUUCCAUCAACAGCCUGGCGUCCGACUCGGAUCAGCAGCAGGCGGCGGCCGUACUCGAGGCGCCUCUCAGCGACGAGGAGAAGAGCAAGAGACGCAGCCUCGAGCGCUCGGUCGACCGACUGCUCCAGGCGCAGCGCGAGAAGCUCGAAUUCGUCGCCAGUCACCUCCUGACCGACAACAACACGGCCGACGAGCAGAAGCUCCAGCACCUGGAGCCAGCAGACGACAAGUUCGACCAGAUGAUCAAGCUCAUCAACGAGAGGAUAGACGAGCUCACGACCGACGAGCAGAAGCAGGAGCAUCAGCAGCAGACUCCCCAGCAGCAGCAGAGGCGCGACGCGCGUGUACAUAGCGCGCCAAACUUCAGAGACGACGAGGAGGAGACGCCGGUGCUUCGCAGGAGCAGCAGCCUGAGGAGCAGCCCCGGCGAGCAUACCAAAGAUCGGAGCCAGGAGCAGCCGAGGAGGCUCUCGCUCGUCCAGCGCAGGCUCAAGCUCUUCGAGCCUGACGCCCAGCCGAGCAGCCCGGCUCCAGUCGCCGCAGCAGCCGAACCCCCCAGCACUAGCCUAGCAGAGCCCCCGCCCGCCCCAGUAGCACCUGUAGUAGAACGAGUCCCCGGCGACGACGACAAGCACGACGUUGUUAAUAGCAGUAGUCCCACGGACGAGCAGGACUACCCCGAGGACCUCAACCCCUUCGCCAGCGACGACGACGAAGAGGAGGUGAAGGAGGAGAAGAAGAAGCCGACGUCGACCAAUCCCUUCGGCAGCGACGACGACGAGGCGGAGGAAGAGCAGCAAGCCCCGCCGAAGCCACAGGCCAGAAGCCGCGCGCCCAAGAAGCGACUCCUCGAGGCGCCGCAGAUCAACCUCAACCCCUUCUGGAGCGACGACGAGGAACCCCAGAGCGACGAGCCCGAGCUCAGGUCGACCCCCGUGCCCAAACCCAGGACUCUCAGACACUCGCACCUCGAGCCCAGGUCGAACCUGACCAGCAGCAGCAUCCACUCGUCCAACACGUCGAUAGCGAGCUCCUGCUCGACCAUCACGCCGGGUGGCACCUACCGCAAGAAGAAGCCUGCCCCGCCACCGCCGCUGCUCAACGCGAGCACGCCCACGAAAUCGCCCAACCCCAGCCUGUCGCCCCGACUGACGCCCAGGACGAGAAAGUCGAAACCCGCACCGCCCCCGCCGAUGCCAGCGGCAGCCUCGACUCCGAGACAAGACGAGCAGCCCGUCGCCCUCAGGCAUCCUCCCGACAACGAACAGCAACACGUCUGGGACGAGGAGAAGCUAAGCAAGGACGAAGCGAACCGCACGACCCAAAGCCUGUCGUGCGUCGAGCCGUCGUAUCAGCUCGACAAGAGCCUCGACGGCAAGUGGAAGCGAAAGAAGGGCCCCGCGCCCGCCCGACCUAUGCCCCUCAGGCGAAAAAUCAAAGUUAUGUCGAUGAAAGACGUUAAGCUAGAGCUCGAUCAGAUCGAGAUGCAGCAGCAGGGCCUCGAGAGGCAGGGCGUGCGAUUAGAGCAGAUUAUUAGGGACAAGUGCGAGUCGGGCACUGCUAGCGAAGAUACCAGUUUAGGAUUAGACGUCGAGGAACUUGUUUUAGAACUGUUCGCACUGGUGAACGAAAAAAACGAACUCUUCCGAAGGCAAGCGGAACUGAUGCUGCUGAGAAGGCAGCAGAGGUUGGAGGAAGAGCACGCCGAUAUCGAGUAUCAAGUAAGGUGCCUUAUAACUCAGCCAGAAGCUACUAAGACGGACUUUGACAAGCAGCGGGAGGAGACUUUGAUUCAGAGGUUGGUGGAGAUAGUGGAGAGGCGGAACGAAAUUGUCGAAUGCCUCGAAAUGGAUCGCAGAAGAGAAAUCGAGGAAGAUCGCAGCAUUCACAGGGAAAUGGAUUUAUAUGCUGCCAGGAGCAAAACUGACCAUGUCAACAUGACUGAUGAAUCUCGUCGCUCAUCCAAAUUGAAAAAGGGAAAGAUCAAGGAGAAAAUAAAGGAGAAAAAGUCCAAGAAGAGCAACAAGAAAGAUGCUGACAAAGACGUGGACGAAACCGAAGCGAAACUCAAGCGCCAUAGUUUAAGAAAGUGGUUUUGAACAAGUGCAUUUCGUCUAAAGCUACUGAAAGUGCAUUUUCAUUGAAUAUACUAAAUAACGUUAUAAGUCAAUGUUUAAUACUUUUAUAAAUAUUUUUUUAUGCCAGAUAAGAUAUUUAAAUUAGCAUAGAAAAUUAAGUCUAUCAAUAAUAAAAACAAAAGAAGGUAUUUUAUACGUUUAUAAAUCGAUCAGUGAUUCAUUUACUUUGCCUUGAAAUUUUCAACAUCCUUAUUGGCGUCUCUUCGGACUGUAUAAAUAUCUGUAGCGUCGACGUUGUUUCUUCUUCAUAUGCGAGAUCGUAUUUAUCUGUAAAAUAAAAUAUACAUCCAUUAAAGACUG